GAAAGAGAGGGAGAGGGGCUGAGCACACACACACACACACACACACACACAUACAUACACACACACACACACCGCUCCGAUCGGCGAGCUUCACCGCACUGACAGUCCACAUCUUACACUGCUGACUCUAACGGCGGAGCCCUUCAGAUAUGGCGGGGCUUCGUUGAGAGGGACAGAAAAUCUCCGCUCACCGAACAGUUCGUUCCUGGACGCGCGUCUCCCGCAGCCCUCCUUAUGCACCGCUGCGACGCGGAGAAACGGCAGCAGCGCUGAAAGAGUCGAAGAAAGAGGACGAGAGUGAUUUUUACCCCCUUGAACGGACAAUGGCGGACCGCGAUGCGCUGCCCCUUCCAUUGGAAGUGCGGGCCAGAUUGGCUGAGCUGGAGCUGGAGUUAUCCGAAGGCGACAUCACUCAGAAGGGAUAUGAGAAGAAGAGGUCAAAACUGCUCGGGGCGUAUCUGCCACAACCUCCAGGGCUGGAGGCAUCCAUGGCCCUCGAACGCCGGCCGCCCAUGGCACCCUCUGCUUCACGAUACCACCGUAGACGCUCCUCCGGCACCCGUGAUGAACGUUACAGAUCAGACGUUCACACAGAAGCGGUUCAGGCAGCACUAGCCAAACACAAGGAGAGGAAGAUGGCCGUCCCCAUGCCGUCCAAACGCCGUUCUCUAGUGGUACAGACCUCUAUGGAUGCCUACACCCCCCCAGACACCUCGUCCGGUUCGGAGGAGGAGGGCGGCCAGGGUGAGGGUACCCCCACCUCCAGCCAGGGCAGCGUCAGCAUGGAGCACUGGAUCAGCCGGGCCAUCCACCAGGGUUCCACCACCUCCUCCUCCUCAUCGUCGACGCAGAGUGGGGGCAGCGGAGCCGCCGGGCGCCUGGCUGACGUCCUGGCUCAAACACAUGUUGGCAAAUCAGGGCCGAUCGCUCACCUCUCGUUGAAGAGGAAAACUAUGCUUGGCGUAGCAGAGAACGGAAACUCGCUGCGGCGCUCCUGUGAGUUCGGAUCUGAUCUUCUCUGGCCACCGCCCUUGGAGUCCGAGGAAAAUCACUCAGCCCCUCCGGACGUCACCACCUACACCUCCGAACAUCCUGUUCAGGUGGAGAGGCCACAGGUGUCCACCGUACCCCGGACCACACCCAAAUAUGGCAACGCCGAACUCAUGGAGACCGGAGAUGGCGUCCCAGUUAGCAGCCGUGUUUCAGCUAAAAUUCAGCAACUUGUAAACACACUAAAGCAGCCCAGACGACCUCCACUUCGAGAGUUUUUUGUUGAUGAUUUUGAAGAGCUCCUAGAAGUCCAGCAGCCUGACCCUAACCAGCCACGGCCGGAGGGCUCUCAGAUGGUCGCCAUUCGAGGGGAGCCGCUGGGAGUGGUCACUAAUUGGCCACCAUCUUUAGAAGCUGCACUGCAACGUUGGGGGACCAUCUCGCCCAAAGCGCCCUGCCUGACCACCAUGGACACCAACGGCAAACCCCUCUACGUCCUUACUUAUGGCAAGCUUUGGUCUCGGAGCAUCAAAGUAGCGUACAACAUCCUCCACAAACUGGGCACCAAGCAGGAACCUAUGGUCCGACCAGGAGACCGGGUGGCUCUUGUGUUCCCCAACAACGAUCCUGCCGCCUUUAUGGUCGCCUUUUACGGCUGCCUGCUGGCAGAGGUGGUGCCCGUACCCAUCGAAGUGCCACUUACCCGAAAGGAUGCAGGAAGUCAACAGAUUGGCUUUCUCCUGGGCAGUUGUGGCGUUACUGUAGCUCUGACCAGUGAUGCCUGCCACAAAGGCCUUCCGAAAGGACCCACUGGCGAAAUACCACAGUUCAAAGGAUGGCCAAAGCUGCUAUGGUUCGUCACAGAAUCCAAACACCUGUCCAAGCCGCCACGUGAUUGGUUCCCUCACAUCAAAGAUGCAAAUAACGACACCGCCUACAUAGAGUAUAAGACCUGUAAAGAUGGGAGUGUUUUGGGUGUGACGGUGACACGGAUCGCACUUCUUACACACUGCCAGGCCCUAACGCAGUCUUGUGGAUACACAGAGGCUGAAAUCAUAGUGAAUGUAUUGGACUUUAAAAAGGAUGUGGGUUUGUGGCACGGCAUCCUAACUAGUGUCAUGAACAUGAUGCAUGUAAUCAGCAUCCCAUACUCCCUGAUGAAGGUCAAUCCUUUGUCCUGGAUCCAAAAAGUGUGUCAAUACAAAGCUAAAGUAGCUUGUGUCAAGUCAAGGGAUAUGCACUGGGCUCUGGUUGCUCACCGAGAUCAGAGAGACGUCAAUCUGAGCUCCCUGCGCAUGCUGGUGGUGGCCGAUGGGUCCAACCCAUGGUCCAUCUCAUCGUGUGACGCGUUCCUCAAUGUCUUCCAGAGUAAAGGUCUGCGGCCAGAGGUCAUCUGUCCAUGUGCCAGCUCAGCUGAAGCCCUAACCGUGGCCAUCAGGAGGCCUACGGAUGACAGCAACCAGCCGCCGGGUCGAGGAGUGCUGUCUAUGCAGGGUCUGAGCUACGGUGUCAUCCGAGUGGACUCAGAAGAGCGUCUCUCCGUACUCACUGUACAGGAUGUGGGCACUGUGAUGCCAGGAGCUCUGAUGUGUGUGGUCAAACCAGAGGGAGUUCCUCAGCUGUGCCGAACAGAUGAGAUCGGAGAGCUGUGUGUGUGUUCCAUCGCCACGGGAAUGUCAUAUUAUGGGCUCUCGGGCAUGACAAAAAACACCUUUGAGGUUUUCCCCAUGACCAGUUCUGGGGCUCCUAUAAGCGAGUACCCGUUCACUCGGACAGGGCUGCUGGGCUUCAUAGGCCCGGGUGGGCUGGUGUUUGUCUCUGGAAAGAUGGAUGGGCUGAUGGUGGUGAGCGGACGGAGACACAACGCUGAUGAUAUCGUCGCAACAGCGCUGGCGGUGGAGCCUAUGAAGUUUGUGUACAGGGGCAGGAUAGCUGUAUUUUCUGUGACGGUUCUGCAUGACGAGAGAAUUGUGGUCGUAGCCGAGCAGCGGCCGGACUCCACAGAAGAGGACAGCUUCCAGUGGAUGAGUCGUGUGCUGCAGGCGAUAGACAGCAUCCACAACGUCGGGGUGUUUUGCUUGGCAUUGGUGCCCGCUAACACCCUUCCCAAAACUCCUCUGGGAGGGAUCCACCUGUCGGAGACCAAGCAGCUGUUUUUGGAAGGCUCCCUGCAUCCCUGUAACGUCCUAAUGUGCCCUCACACCUGCGUCACCAACCUGCCCAAACCCAGACAGAAACAGCCAGAGAUUGGACCCGCCUCUGUGAUGGUGGGAAACCUGGUCUCGGGGAAGAGGAUUGCUCAGGCCAGCGGCAGAGAUCUGGGCCAGAUCGAAGACAAUGAUCAGUUCCUCUUCCUGUCUGAGGUGUUGCAGUGGAGAGCCCAGACCACCCCAGAUCAUGUGCUCUUCACCCUCCUCAGCUCAAGGGGAGCAGUCCUGAGCUCUCUGACGUGUCUUCAGUUGCAUAAGCGGGCGGAGAAGAUAGCAGCCAUGUUGAUGGAGCGAGGCCACCUGCAGGACGGUGAUCAUGUUGCGCUGGUUUACCCACCUGGUAUUGAUUUGAUCGCUGCCUUUUACGGAUGCCUCUACGCCGGCUGUGUACCAAUUACAGUGCGACCCCCACACCCACAGAACAUCGCCACCACCCUGCCCACUGUGAAAAUGAUUGUGGAAGUGAGCCGAUCGGCCUGUGUGAUGACCACACAGGUCAUUUGCAAGCUCCUGAAGUCAAAGGAGGCGUCUGCCGCAGUGGAUGUCAGGACGUGGCCUCCUGUUCUGGACACAGAUGAUCUGCCAAAGAAGAAGCCCCCUCAGCUCUACAAACCCUCCAAUCCAGACACGCUGGCUUACUUGGACUUCAGCGUCUCCACUACCGGGAUGCUUGCAGGAGUAAAGAUGUCCCACACAGCCACCAGUGCCUUUUGCCGCUCUAUAAAGCUCCAGUGUGAGUUGUAUCCCUCUCGUGAGGUGGCCAUCUGCCUGGAUCCGUACUGUGGCCUCGGCUUUGUCCUCUGGUGCCUCUGCAGUGUGUAUUCAGGGCAUCAGUCCAUCUUGAUUCCCCCGUCCGAGCUGGAGGUGAACCCCGCUCUGUGGCUGCUGGCUGUCAGUCAGUUUCGGGUCAGAGACACGUUCUGCUCGUACUCUGUCAUGGAGCUCUGCACCAAGGGGUUGGGCCUGCAGACAGAAUCCCUCAAGUCCCGUGGACUUGACCUGUCCCGUGUAAGAACGUGUGUGGUUGUGGCGGAGGAGAGGCCCAGGAUAGCCCUCACCCAGUCCUUCUCCAAGCUCUUCAAAGACCUGGGCCUGCACCCGCGAGCCGUCAGCACUUCCUUCGGAUGUAGAGUGAACCUGGCCAUCUGCCUGCAGCCCCACAGGCUCGGGAAGCUUGCGGAUCAGGGGACAUCGGGACCAGACCCGACUACUGUGUACGUGGACAUGAGAGCUCUCCGACACGACAGAGUGCGUCUGGUCGAGCGAGGCUCCCCACACAGCCUCCCGCUCAUGGAGUCUGGAAAGAUUUUACCUGGAGUUCGAAUCAUCAUCGCCAAUCCUGAAACCAAGGGCCCGCUGGGAGACUCCCAUCUCGGGGAGAUCUGGGUUCACUGCGCCCACAACGGCAGCGGUUACUUCACGGUGUAUGGCGACGAGGCCCUGCAGUCUGACCACUUCAACUCACGCUUGAGCUUCGGAGAUACGCAAACCGUAUGGGCGCGUACCGGCUACCUGGGCUUCCUCCGCAGGACCGAACUCACAGAUGCAAGUGGAGAGCGUCAUGAUGCUCUGUAUGUAGUGGGUGCUUUGGAUGAAGCCAUGGAGCUGAGAGGAAUGAGGUAUCACCCCAUUGACAUAGAGACCUCUGUGAUACGCACCCACAAGAGCAUCAUGGAAUGUGCGGUGUUUCCCUGGACCAACCUGCUGGUGGUGGUCGUGGAGCUGGAAGGUUCAGAACAGGAAGCUUUAGACCUGGUUCCUCUGGUGACCAACGCGGUCCUGGAGGAGCACUACCUGAUCGUAGGCGUGGUGGUGGUGGUGGACAUCGGCGUCAUCCCCAUCAACUCCCGCGGAGAGAAACAGAGGAUGCACCUGCGAGACGGCUUCCUGGCCGAUCAGCUGGACCCCAUUUACGUGGCGUACAACAUGUAGCACGAGCGUACGCGUGGAUGCUGUCGCGUGCGUACGUUUCGCCGAGUGCACGCGACCGGUCGGGCGAUCUUCCGCGAACGGACACUUACUAGGAACUUUGAGAAGCGUUAACGAAGCCAAAACAGCAAAACGGAUUGGCGGAAGGAUUCGGUCUCCCGAAGGGAUGAAGAACCGCCUCUGCUUCUGCUUGUGCGCGCGCGCGCGUCGCUUUGUCUUCACGUGAGGUGUCGCGACAUCGUUCAUUUUAAUUCCGCCCUACGAGAGAGAAGGGUAUUUUUAAAUAUCUGCAUUACUGUGGCGAAAUGUGCGUUUUAGGUUUCCCGAUCAUUUGGAGUAAAUUGUUGAAAGUAGACGUGAUAUCAGACGCUCCGGACGCCAUUUCUGUCCGUUCAUUAAAAAAAAAAAAAAAAAAAAAAAA